AUGGAUAUUUCAUAUGAGACAGUCUUCAGAUCGUUGACAGGGGUCGCACAGGCUACUAAGGCUGCUUCUGAUGAAAUUGACACAAUCAAACAGCUGCUGUCUCCAGGCAACGAAGGCAGUGAGACCAAGACCAAAUCGUCCAGUCUAUCUUUUCAGGACUGGCAAGUCAUCAUCCAGCAAAAUGUCACAAAAAUGGCCGGGGCAGCCGUCCAUAUUGCACUCGUCGCAGUGGCAGUGUCAUUCCUCCGCGAAACAGCACGCCAAAACCAGCCCGCAACAGCAGACGACAUCAGCCAAUGCUGGACCAUCAUCCGCGGCGCCCUCACAUCAACAUCUUCUUCCCGAACACGGUUCACCGCUUCUCGCAGCGCACAAGGCUUUCUCUCGGUCCCAUUGUGCAGCUUGGUCAAGGACGGCAGCAUCGACGAGCUCAUUCGCCUGCACGUCUGGAUGCCGGACGGCAAGCGCGGGAACCCCGAUUUUCACUUACACUCUCACCAGCCGUUUGCGCAGAGCUGGAUCUUGGCAGGGCAGGGCGUGGAUCACUCCUAUCAAGUUGAUCCUGUCGAGGAGCCAGAAGAAGCCACGCACGCAGGGUAUGCACUUGCGUGGAACGAUGGCAAGGGGGCGGAUACUGCGUACAAGACACAUCAGGCAUCUUCUACUGUGCAGAACACGGGGAAGCUCUUCCGAGCUGGAAAGAUUCAUUCAGAGACUCAUGCUAGGGGGUCAACGUACACAGUUCCGGCCGCCGAGUUCCACGUCUCAGAAGUUGCACCAGAUGCUUUGCAUGCGACUAUCUUCUUCUUUGAUUCACACCGUGGCUUUGUGAAGGAUGCUGGAGUUCUUGGGCCAAAGGAUGGGGAUUCAUUUACACAAUUACGAGAUCCGGCUGGAGUGAAGCCCGCAGAGCUUGCCGAAGCUGUGAACCAAGCUAGAUUACGAGAGGCAUCAGACUGA